AUGGCUCAUGAUCAAGUAUGGUUUUCUCGUCCUCGUCGUUAUGGAAAAGGCUCACGUGAAUGCCAUCGUGCUGGUUUAAUUCGUAAAUACAAUUUAAACAUAUGUCGUCAAUGUUUCCGUGAAUAUUCCAAAGAUAUUGGUUUUAUCAAGUCAAUUUACUUGUUGUAUGAUUAUGAAAGUUGUGAAAGAGCACCAUAUAGACUCAAUGUUCUCUUCUCUACUAUCGAAGUAAAUGAAUCGCCAUUGCUAACAUCAGGAAAUUUUGAAAGUGUUGUUGAUCUAUGCUAA